ACACCGAAAUUUUUCAAAGAAAACUGUACAUGUUCAACACAAUGGCAGUGUGAAUGUUGUGCCAAAGUCAAUAAUGACCUACUUAAUGUACAUCAAACAUUGUGUGCCGACUGGACUGUGUUUUCUAACUCAUGGGACAUACAGGCCAAUGUACGUUUAAAUGAAAAUGUUUUAUACACUAAUACAUUUUCCGCCUGGAAUGUACCACCAUUUUGUGUUCCCAUAUGGCCGGCAAUAGCAUUGACCGGAUGUGUUCAAAUGCAUAGUAUUACACAACAUGAAUUCAAUACGUUACAUGGUUGUGCAAAUUUAACCAUCAAUUUUAUAGCAUUCAAUUUGGUCAACUUCCAAAUGGGUUGUAUGGAUGUCGGUACGGGUGGCAUUCAAUUUGUUGAUCCCAAUCAUGAAAUUGUAAGUUCGACCACAACGGAAAAGCCUCCAGAAAUUGAAUUGGAAACUAGUGAUUUUGUCAAAACCUCCACUCCUGCUAUGAGUAGUUUGGAGUUAAAUGACAAGGUUACUACAGAGCGUACAUCUACGAUACGUCAGGAUUCAUUGAGUUAUUUAAAAAGUACGAAUUUUUGAAUUGUUAUGAUUAAGCGAUAUUUUUAGAA